UUGGAGGGAGAUGCAUAUAAGCCAGGAUCCCGGGGAUGAUGGUAUCAGUGAAAAGACUCUCUCUCUCCGUACGAUAUACGAGAUUCUCGCGUCGAGCACCAUGCUGAAGGUUACAAGUUUACUCUGGGUAGUCGCUGCGACAUGCGACGCGGUUUUAAUCAGCGGGUAUGACGGAGGACACGCCGGUUCGUAUUCCCCGGAAUAUUCGGGCCACGAAGGGUACGUGAACCCUUAUUCAUCACACCAGGUUCUUCCCACCGUUGCCGUGCCAAUCCACUCCGUUUCGGCCGCACCUCCGCUACAUUCUGCUGUUCACGCCGCCGGACACGGAUACGAUUACGAAGAGGAACGCGAUUAUUACGCGCACCCGAAGUACACCUUCAACUACGGUGUUCACGAUCCUCACACAGGUGACGUCAAGACCCAGCAUGAGAUACGCGACGGCGACGUCGUCCACGGAUCUUACAGCGUCAACGAGCCCGACGGCAGCGUUCGCAUCGUCGAAUACACAGCCGAUGAUCACAACGGUUUCAACGCGGUUGUGAAGAAGGUCGGACCUGCUCAUCAUCCGGCACAAGUUCCAGUAACAGUUCCGAAAUACGUUACGACUUACGAUCAUGAUCAGUUCAAUCGUUACGCGUACGAAAAGCACUACUGAACCUUAAUUUUGCCGGUAGGAAGCAGAGAGGCGGUAUUUGCGUGAGCUUGAAUUUUUCAUUUUAUUCUCAAGUUUUCUACCAACCCUUCAACAAUCACGCAACGACGAUAAUUUACCUCACGCACGUUUAUGUUUAUAUAAUAAUAUACUAUAUUAUGCGUAUACAUAUGUACAAAGCGUCAAGCAUUCAUGUAAUAAAAAAAUUCACAUAUUUUUGUUAUACAUAAACACAA